UGGUGGAGGGGGGCGGUGUGGACACCACACAGCAGCAGCAUCAGUGUCGGCGUUUACGCCGAGCUGUACGGUAAGGCCCUCUUAGUUCCUCCACACCCCUCACAAUUAGAGAGAGAGAGAGAGACAUCACUCAGCAGCAGCAGCAACUACAGUACUCAACCAAGCCAGCUUAGCCGGUGGGCCCUGCCCUACUUAAAGACUUUGCCGCGUGUUUGGUUGUAGAGGAGAAACCAAACCAAUCUGAUAUCUCGUUCGGCCGGCUCAACAGUUCUCCCGACAAAGCAAGCAAGCAACCAAGCCAGCCAGCCAGCCAACGCGUGGCUACUUAGUCGCGAGUGUGUUUAGACCUGAGCUCUGGCUUUGGGUUACCCCGGCUGCUGUGGUCAGCAGCCUCAGGGGCUGCCGCUUGCUGCUGGCGUGGGCCCCGGGUAUGCCCGGGCGACAUGGCGGGGAGUCCGGAACGCGUGGCUUCGUCCUCCUCCUCGGCCUCCUCGUUUCUCCGCCGCUUCUUGGAGGAGUUCGGCCCCCCGCUGGGAGACGAGGCGAGCAUGCCCGUGCGGCCCGGCUGCUCGGGCUGGGUGACUGACGGGGAGCUGCGGGGAGAGAGCCUCGACACGGCCCUGCAGCUGCUCGCCGCCAAGCACAAAGCGCCGUUUGCGUUGGCGCUGGCGAUCGCUCGGGCCGCAGCUGAGAGGGUGCCACAGCAGGACCUCAGCCCUCACCAGCGCGAGGCCAGGGAGUGCGACGGAGAGGGAGAGCCCCGGCAGUAUGACGCGUACAAGCUCGCGCGCGUGGUGUGCAACUGCGUGCGGGAGGUGUGCGAAGCCUGGCUGGACGACCUCCCACCGUUGCGCACAUCGGCACGCCACUUCCAAACGUCACUGCACGCCGUCAAGAACAGCCGGCGCAAGAUGGAAGACCGGCACGUCGUGCUGCCCGACUUGAAUGCCCUGUUGGGCCUGGAAGACGCGGAGGAGCAGCAGCAGCAGACGUACCUCGCCGUGUUUGACGGCCACGGCGGGGUGGAGGCGGCAGUGUACGCGGCCACGCACCUGCACGUGAACCUCUUGCAGCAGGAGAUGCUGGCGCGGGACCCGGCUCGUGCCCUCCGGGAGGCCUUCAGCCUCACCGACCGCAACUUUGUGCAGAAGGCCGUCCGAGAGAACCUGCGCAGCGGCACGACGGGCGUGGUGGCGCUGGUGCGCGGGGACAUGCUGCACGUGGCGUGGCUCGGGGACUCGCAGGCCCUGCUUGUCAGGGACGGCUGCCCCGUCGAGAUCAUGACUCCGCACAAGCCCGAGCGAGAGGACGAGAAGAAGCGAAUUGAAGCGCUAGGAGGGUGCGUGGUGUGGUUCGGGGCCUGGCGAGUCAAUGGCACCCUCUCUGUAUCCAGGGCUAUCGGCGACGCGGACUACAAACCAUACAUCUGCGGCGACGCCGAGAGUGCGUCGGUGCGUCUCGACGGCACGGAGGACUACCUGCUACUCGCGUGCGACGGCUUCUUCGACACGGUGCGUCCCGACGAGGCCGUCGCCGUGGCCGCCGCUCACCUGCGCAAGAGCCGGGACGCCGGCACGGCGGAAGACGAAGGCUGCCGGCCUGCCGGCCUGGCGCAGCGUCUCGUCACGGCCGCUCGUGACGCCGGCUCCGGCGACAACAUCACCGUCAUCGUGCUCUUCCUACGCGACCCCGGCACCGUCGCGGUGGACGUGGCGGGCGCCGGUCACUCCGACGGAGCGAAGCCGUGCCGUGGUGGCAGCGGCAGCGGUGAAGAAGAGGAGAUGGCGGCGGUCAAGGAACCGCGCGAGGCGGAGAAAGGGGAUGGUUGCCCGCGAGGCGCGGAGAACCGCUGAGUCCGAGAGGGGGGCAGCGGUGGCGGCCCAGGUCCGCUUGGCGCCUGCGAGUCAAAGAACGAGGGCACAAGCGAGGUUGGGUCGUGGGGAUGAAUCGUAAGCACUACCCCAGGCUCGCCCCCAUUUCUUUUUCUUUUCUUUUUUACGGCAGGGCAAUAAACACCAGCAGUAUGAGCCGCAAAGUACCCCAUGCGCAGCGGAGAAGAUGCAUUUGAGAGCAGUGUUGUGUGUAAUAAUGGUGGGUGUUUUGGGGACAGGCCUACUAAAACAAAAAUGUUGGGAUGCAAUUCGGGCAUCUUUGUCUGCAGUGACUAACACUAAGAAGAGCAUCGUUUCUGCUGGUAGUUGUAUUAUUUUCUUGGUUUUCAUGGUUAAGCGUAAGGUUUUAGUUAAGUGUUUUUUUCCCCCCGUAAAUUGAGUGUAAUGCACUUACGGCGUCAAGCAAAAUCAUUUGUGCCUUUUUUUGCAAAUAACCGACCAUAUCACCUCUUCGUUAAGUUUUGCAGUCGCCCAAUGAAGUGGGCAGCUGCCUGCUUCUUCUCCAGGCAAGUGGGCCACCUUGAAAGAUGACCACGGACAAGAAGGGUAACUGCAGCUUUCGACUUCACGGUGGUGACAGAAAUCGUUUUCCGAGGGUGCAGCUUUGAAACGGUUUUGGGGAUGGGGAGCGCAGGUGCUUGCUGGUCGAGAAUCGAGUUCGAAUAGCCUUCUAGAUUUUUCUGAUCAGUCCCCCCCCCACCCCCCCCCACCGCGUUCAGCUUGUAUGUACGUACGUCAAACAUCUUGCGCGCACCGUACAUAGCCAGCGGUGCUAAUCGGAGGUUAACCUGCACUCUGCGCAUUCGAUGAAACAAUUGAGGGGUUUCAUCUUCUUGGUUCUUUCGGUAAAGUCACGUAGUAGGGAAGUAAUAAAAUAAUAAAAAUAAAACAUAAUAAAACAAUUCUCACGACGUUUCGGCCACAACGCAAGCAGCCGUCCUCAGGUGAAGAACAUGUCUGUCGAUAAGACAGAGUCUGAAUGACUCUGUCUUCCUGCGUUGUGGCCGAAACGUCGUGAGAAUUGUUUUAUUAUGUUUUAUUUUUAUUAUUUUAUUACUUCCCUACUACGUGACUUUACCGAAAGAACCAAGAAGAUGAAUCCCUGCGGUCACGAAAGCUUUAAAUCGAAAUUGAGGGGGUGUGUGGGGGAUCGACUCGCUGGUUAGUAACGUGUCCAGUUUAUCAAAGCCUGCACAGGGAGUCUCGAACUUAACGUUAAUCGGUGCCAGUGGCAGUUUUCGUAAGUUGCUGUAAAGCUGUCCAUUGGAAAUACUCACGCUUUCAUUUGCCAAAAGUGGCGGAGGAAGUAUGGUCAGCCACUUUAAAGGAAUUGUUGUGAGCAGCAGCACGACUUCGGUUCUCUGUAGAAAUAAUUUGUGGCCCACUUGGGAAUGGGGAAAACGAGCACUUGAGAUGGCCUUCCUGUGCAAUUACAGCGCUGCGAGAGUUAAUGGCAGGACUUUUGAUUGGUCAGUUUCCAGUACACGUUGCGAGCUUGGCGCGAUUGCAAACGGAGCACUUAAAGGAAUUUAUAAUUGCCCUUCUCAGUUUGGGGGGUGGGGUGGGUGGGAAUGAAAAUAAUAAUUAAGUCUCUAUUGAUGUAUGGUGUGAACAUUUUAACUUAGAGUCUCCGAUAGGCUUUACAAAUUUUAUUCAAAUCAUGUGAUGCGUGACCGGCGGUGAAUAAUAAUGUGACGACUUGCCAAGGAAAGCCCAAGUCCUUCAAGCAAUAUUCAUUUUCAAGAGAGACCCUGCUUAGGGACGUUAGACUGUACUUCUCGAGUAUUUUUUUUGUGCGCAUGUGGGAGGGAAACCAUUGUGCCCGGAGAACACCCACCCAUGCGUGGCGAUAACUCGCCCCAAACCCCACAUUCCCCCGCACAGGCGAGCAACCUACUUGCUCUACUGCCGCGCUGCCUGUCUAUGCGAUCCGUAGACCUCCGACGCCUUGCAGGCUGCAUGUCGGCACGGCCCUACUUGACGCGAGCUUUGCGAUCGGUCAGGACUUUUAUUUUUUCUAAUCGUUGAUUUGUCUCAGGAUGCAGAGUCGGGAGCAAAUCCCACACUGCCGCUAACACCGCUGUUGGCACGUCGCGUGGGACGGUGCAGUGUUUUGAGUCGCUCUCUACGAUGCUCGCUCGUGAGAGUUAUUUUGGAGUGAUCGCGCACCUCCGUGCGACGUGAGGAUUUUGGAAUUAGUUGACAGCCCACGCCGUGCACGGCAAAUCCUUUUCAAGUGCACACGCACGCACGCGCACGCACGCGCACGCACACGCACACACACGCGCUCUUGACUGCCAUUAGCGGAAGUGUAACUACAAUCGUCGGACGUGCACUCGGGCUCCCUCUGGGGAUAGCACAAUCGAGCCAUCUCUUUAGUCGAUGACUAUUGCUACUUCUGCUGGUACAGGUCUCCAGUCUUGGGGAUGGUACUAGGAUGUCAAAUUGGGAGUCCAGACCUAGAUAUACAUUCAACUGUUAAGCUGUCGCACAUGUCGCCAGCACGGCCGUUUCUGCGCCAUCCCAACUCUAACCAGCUUUCCUGGACCCCCCCCCCCCCAAAAUAAAUCGAUGACAUCUCCUCUUGCCACCCCUGACACUUAAAAGGUGCAAUAGGUGAUUUGCAGAACACAGAACAGUUAUCUGUCCUUCCAUUCGGUGGCAUCGGGGCACGACUGCCAUUUCUCUUUAAAGCAUGACACCUCGUCCCCGUUUAUUGACUUGAAAGCUUGAAGUCACACACGGUAUAUUUCUUUUUUUUAUGCGAGGGUAAACUUGAAUAUAAUAGAUGUAGAUGACGUAUCAUUAGACAGCUGGGUGGAUGGCUAGCCAUGCAGGUCGUUGGCAAACCUACAAAUGCAAUGUUAUGCAGUUGGCUGGCAGGACCGACGGAUGUAUUUUCGUGGCUUCAGGUCACUACCGCCUUUACUUUUCAUCAAAGCUGAAGAAAAUAUUUCUCGCUUCGCUGCUGACGGCUGCACGCUCUUUGUAAACAAACGUUGGGGAUUUUUUUCCGUCGGUGUCCGUCUUGGGCUGUCGCCGACUUUAAGGCGAUUUGAACGCAAGAUGCCAAGUCACUUAUUGCGCCUUUCUAAGAAAAAAAACGACUUUCCUUCAUAAAACAAACCAAAGUUAAGAACAAAACAGUUUUUCGGUGAAUGUUUUCAGCAAUGCAUUAGAGGGAUACUUUAUAUUUUAGGAAAAAUGUCGCAGAGCACAUCUCUGCUACAUUUUGGCAAUACCGUGGAUGACUUAGGUAGGUAGGGUGCAGCCGCUCUGUAAAUAUCUGCGCAUUUUGAAGAAAAGUGGCAUUAUUAUCACCAUGACGAUGUAAACCUUGCCCGACUUUGCCAAUUCACACGAAUCAACGGACCUGCUUGCAGGUUUAAUGAGCAAGGGGGAGCGUGGUUCUCGAAGUUCGUUUAGUUUUUUGCAGAUUUUGCAUUGUGCAGGAAUAAUGAUGUUUUACCUUUCACGUUACAAGGGCUUAGUUGUCGAGUCGGGUUUAAUGGGCUUACAGAAACAUGACAAACUGAAAUUGCCCUCCUACUUUUGUGUCGGAGUGAAAGUGAGUGUUUUGUUAACAAGUGCAGCUACAGAUAUGAAAGUGAGUUGGUGUAAAAUGGUGUACAUAAGACAACUGCGGUGUGCAGACCACACAGCAGUGUCAGUUUGUUAACCAAAAUCACUUGUCUUGUUAGGUCGGGUGUGGAGGAUGGAAGGGAGGAGAAGGGGAUGUGUGUGGAUGUUAACAUUUAAUUGCAUGCUUUCUGACUAUAUAUGAGCGCCACUGUGGCGAGAUGUUAACUACCUCGCCUGGUAUACAGGAGGUCGUAGGUUCGAUCUCAACCCUGACGCCUGCUGUAUAUUUGGAGUUUGCAUGUUCUCCCUGUGGUCGUGUGGAGUUUUCUCCGGGUCUUCCGUUUUUUUUUUCUCCACAUUUAGAAACAUGCGUUUUGAGUAUUUGGCUGCUAUAAAUUUCCAUAUAAGCCACUUCAUUGGGCUAUCGUUUGUGGUCAGGUCGCUUUGGAAAGAGCUAUACAGCUCCGGUGGGCCUUACCUGGUAAAAUAAAAAAUAGUAAAAAAAAAUUCACAUUUGAUUGUUUGCAUCUCAAAAGGGAGACUUCUGUUACAAUUUGCAGGCUGUGGUAUUGAUGUUCGCGAUCGCUGCUGGCUUCGCGGAAUGGAUUCGUUCUUCUUAUUACGACUGUUUUUUGCCAUUUGUAAAAAUUUACAUACCGUUGUCUUAUUAUGCUACGCAGUAUUUUUGUGUGUUUAUUUAAGGUUGAAAGUUUCAUUUCGAAUUUCAAAAGUCGGGAGAAUUUUUUGUCUGUUUCACGCAAACCCCUCUGUGGUAAGAAUUGGGGUCUCUUUCGAUGAGCUGUCCCCCCUGGUGUUUGCGCACGCACGUGGGACCCACCUUUCAGGAACUAUGGUGCUUCUUCGGUUUCAGUGUUACGCUCUCUUGCUUCGGCGAACAUCUUGCACGGAUUACCUUCUAUAUACGUCUAUCGCAGGACAGAUUGAGCUGCUGAAGCCGGGAGUUCAUUCGAGUAACGAGUGUGUACCGCAUUCAAGGUUUCAGGACGUGUAAGAUGUGUGAUGCGUGCAAGGUUUAUCGUUACCCAAUACGCUGCGUGUCCACCUGUGCUUUGGGCAAGACGGCAAAAUGACCUUAUCUUGCCUAAAAUGACAACAUCGCCUGGUCCUUGUUUGUGCUUUAUCGGCGUCUUAACGAGUGUGUAUAAUCCCGUGCUGCCCGUUGCCGUGUGUCGACGGUCUGCGCUUCUUCGUAAUUGAGGCACCAACGUCCCAACGUGGCCACCCUCGUGGGGUUGGAGGCGUUCUGUGCCCAGUUUUGUCGUCCAUGCACUUCACCCUCGCCGCGUGGAUUAAAUUGUCGGGAAUGAAUUGCCCUCCCAGUGUCUCUGCACCCCCCCCCCCCCCAAUAAUAUGGCCAUAUUCGUUUUUGUUGCUGUUGGAGGUGGGGUUUUUUUGUCAUCUCCUUGAAUAAACUUGAAUUUUGAUGUGAAAAUUAACUGGGGAGGAAAAUAAAAGUUUAAUGAAAUUAUUGCUUGUGGCUUCUUAUCCCCCGAUUUAUAUAAUUCGGCCUCAAAUGUGAAACGAUCUUGUGCCGAGGUUGUGACAACGUCAUGAACAUUCCCGUGCCACCACGUCUGCAGACUCGAACCUCGCCUUGAAAUCCAACCCAGCAUUUACUCCUCGCCCGGUUGCGAAUGCCAGAGUGUGAGGGUUUAAUCCGUGCGUUUUCUAUUGGCCAUAUAGACAAUUUAAAUUAUCUUAAUUUUGACUGCCAACUAAAAUUUGGAGUCGUUUUGCCCGUAUAGCUGUACCACUGAAUAAUUCUAUUGCUUAAUAGUCCAUAACUUCUAUGUACAUAAAGCACAACACUAAGCUUAUAUUGCAUAACCUUUAUCAUUUCCCUUGGAUAUAUGAUUUUUAUACUUGAUGCUCAUUACAAUGAAGCUUUUGGGGUUGGAAUUUAUGUGUUUUAAAUACACAACUAUUAUACCGAUUUAGAACGGGAAAAUUUGGUUUAAAAUGCACCCACUGUGAGGUCUGUUUCUGAAAGUGGCAAAAUGAUGCUUGUGACUGCUUGCUUGUUUUUGUGUACUAGUAAGAAUAAUAAGAAUAGGGCAUGGUGCAUGUUGGCUUUUUUGGGGAGAGUUUGAGAAUUAUCAAUAUGCUAUAGUACAUUAGUGGCAGCGGGUGUUUAAUAAAAAAAACAAGCUUAUUUAUGUUGAAUUAUUUAUUUACCAGAAAACAUAAACAAGCCUAAAUUUCAAGUGAUGUCCUUUUUGUAGUCGUGUCAGUCAUGGGGUUACUGUUUUUCCUAUUUGUAUUUUUCUAGUGGGUCACUCACUGUACUCCUUAAAACGAGUCCUCCUUAACGCCUCUACUGGUCUGAGCUUCAGUUCUUCACAGUAUUACCUUCAAUUCCUACAAAUAAACAUGAUGCAUAUGAAACUUGG